CACUUUUCAACCAUGCAAAAAGUGCCCUCAUUUUAGCUUUCUCUUCCUUCAUAAUUUCUCACCUUUCAAAUCUCCAUUCAGCUUCAUUUUCUGCAUAGAAAAAACCCUUUUCUGGAGAAAGAAUAUAGUCUUCAGCUGGACAAGGAUCAUUCAUCUUGAAAGAAGAGUUUGUGUGUGACAAUCUUUAUAGUUCUAAGGAGGGUGCAAGAGAGAACUGAAUUUGCUGUGAUGGCAACUCGUAGAUAUGCUUUUGGAAGAGCUGAUGAGGCCACUCAUCCAGACUCCAUGAGGGCCACUUUGGCUGAAUUUGUUUCCACUUUCAUCUUUGUCUUUGCUGGAGAAGGCUCUGGCCUUGCUUUGGUUAAAAUUUACCAGGAUUCAGCUUUCUCAGCUGGUGAAUUGUUGGCAGUUGCACUUGCACAUGGAUUUGCUCUAUUUGCUGCUGUUUCUGCAAGCAUGCAUGUAUCAGGUGGCCAUGUCAACCCAGCUGUGACAUUUGGUGCUCUCAUUGGAGGCAGAAUUUCUGUUCUCCGUGCCGUAUACUACUGGAUUGCUCAAAUUCUAGGUGCUAUAGUGGCUGCCCUCGUUCUCAGGCUUGUCACUAAUAACAUGAGACCAUCAGGGUUCCACGUGGGACAAGGUGUUGGAGUAGGGCACAUGCUUAUACUUGAGAUAGUCAUGACAUUUGGGCUAAUGUACACUGUGUAUGGUACUGCAAUUGAUCCCAAAAGAGGUGCUGUUAGCAAUAUUGCACCUUUGGCAAUUGGACUCAUUGUUGGGGCAAACAUCCUUGUUGGUGGACCAUUUGAUGGAGCAUGCAUGAACCCUGCUCUGGCUUUUGGGCCUUCCUUAGUGGGCUGGAGAUGGCACCAGCACUGGAUCUUCUGGGUGGGUCCACUGAUUGGGGCAGCACUAGCAGCACUGGUCUAUGAAUAUGUUGUGAUCCCAACUGAACCCCCUCAUCAACACCAACCUUUGGCUCCUGAAGAUUACUAGUUGCUUCCACUAGUUGUAUCAAAAUAUGAGUGUUAUUAAUAGCUUUUUGUGUAUCUAAAUAUAAGGGUAUGCUUGUGUUUUCUUUUGUUUUUGCAACCACCCUUUUGCUUGAGUGGCCACUAGGCUCCUGCAUGUGCAUUUUUAUUUUUCUUGUUUUGGGGUCACAACUGCCAAAGCCUAGUUGAGUGUGUAGCUGUUGUAUUUUGUCUUCUACACAUAUUGAAUAAAAUGUGUGAAACCCUAUUUUGUAUAGGGAUGCUACAUCA